UCGUGCUUCACGUCUUCUAACUGAAGAGGCGUAGCUUGCUUUCUGCUCAUUGUGCGACCACGGCGAGAGAAAUUUCCGCUUCCUGUACCGAGAAACACCCCCAACCAGAACGAAGUUGGGAAAGGGAGAAGGCAACACAGACGUACGCGGGGAUUUGCCGCCUGCCUACGGGUUAAAACCUCCUGACGACUGCAAUGUUUUCACUAUCGGGCGGCGAACAGCACAACACGUUAUCAACUUAGCGUUUCCACCGUACGUUACACGGGAGCGUUUCACGCAUUUCCACUGCAGGAGCCUGAAAAAAAAUAAGGCAACGGAAGGAGGAGGACCACAAAAAAAAGGACAACACACACAGAGAGAGAAGCCAGGCUACUACGGGUAUUCCUCCUCCCAGCUCCGACUGAAAGCCCGUUCUCAGCCUCCAGGAUGUCGGAGCGAGGAGGGCUCCCGCGGACUGGGGGCGUCCCUUCGCCGCACAUGCAGCCCUCCAAGCCGGUCUGCAUCACCUCCAACCGGCCGGUCCACAUGAACCUGUACGCUACCUGGGAGGUGGACCGCUCCUCGCCCAGCUGUGUGCCAAGGCUGUUCAACCUGACUCUGAAGAAGCUGAUCAUGCUAAAGGAGCUGGAUAAAGACCUCACCUCCGUGGUCAUCGCCGUCAAACUGCAGGGUUCUAAGCGGAUCCUGCGCUCCAACGAGAUCCUGCUGUCCUCAGCGGGACUGACAGAGACCGACCUGCAGCUCACCUUUUCCCUGCAGUACCCACACUUCCUAAAGAGGGACGCCAACAAGCUUCAGAUCAUGCUGCAGCGACGGAAGCGAUACAAGAACCGGACCAUCCUGGGCUACAAGACCCUGGCCCUGGGACUCAUCAACAUGGCCGAGGUGAUGCAGCACCCCAGUGAGGGGGCCCAGGUCCUGGGGCUCCACAGCCAGCUGAAGGACGCCUCGGUGCCCGUCGCUGAGAUCAGAGUCUACUCACUAUCCAGCCAGCCCAUUGACCACGAGGGACCCAAAGCAAAGAUGUCUGACCGCUCCCCAGACAUCGACAACUACUCCGAAGAAGAGGAAGAGAGCUAUUCGUCAGAACAGGAGGGCAGCGACGACCCCAUUCAUGGACAGUACCUAUAUGACGAAGAAGACGAGGUGAGAAAGAAGAAGCCGAGGCGCAAGCUCCCGUCCAAUGCUGCCAUCACCAGACAACCCAACAUUAAGCAGAAGUUUGUCGCCUUGCUGAAAAGGUUUAAAGUCACCGAUGAGGUUGGGUUUGGCCUGGAGCAUGUGUCGAGGGAGCAGAUCCAGGAGGUGGAGGAGGACCUGGACGAGCUCUACGACAGUCUGGAGAUGUACAACCCCAGCGACAGCGGCCCGGAGAUGGAGGAGACCGACAGCAUCCUCAGCACACCCAAACCUAAGCUAAGGCCCUUCUUUGAAGGCAUGUCUCAGUCCAGCUCCCAGACGGAGAUCGGCAGCCUGAACAGCAAAUGCAGUUUGGGUCGAGACACUUUCAGCCCGCAGGGAGAGCAGCCUGCUUUAGAGAAGAUGAAACAUUCUCGCAGCCGCAACCUGGAGGAGGCCCUGUCUGAGACCGACACACUGGUAAGACUCGCGUGCGAGCUGUUUGCUGAGGUGGGUCCCUGCAUUAUGGUGUCAGUGGCAGAGAAACCCCGUACACCUCUAAAGAGCAGCAAAAGUGAAACCCAGGCCAUGCCAUCACCAAGGUUGGACGGGGGACAUACGCCCAGACAAAAGCGUAUUAGCACUCCCAUGAAGGAGAGACAGCUGUCCAAACCCUUGAGUGAACGGACCAACAGCUCAGACUCAGAGAGAUCCCCGGAGUUGGGACACAGCACUCCGCUCCUGAGGAAGGCAGUGUACGACCAGCUGAACCAUAUUCUGUUGUCAGACUCCGCGCUCCCAGAGAGCCUGAUCUUGGUCAACGGCGCUGACUGGCAGGGUCAGUACGUUGCAGAGCAGCUCCAGGUACAGAGGCACCCGGUGGUCUGCACAUGUUCGUCGGCUGAAAUCCAGGCGGUGCUGUCAGCUGUGCUCACUCGCAUCCAGAAGUUCUGUAACUGUAACUCGUCCAUGCCCAGAGCGGUGAAAGUGGCGGCGGUGGGCAGCCAGAGUUACCUAGGAGCCAUCCUGCAGUUCUUUGUCACUCAGCUCGCCAGCAAGACGUCCGACUGGCUCAACCACAUGCGCUUCCUGGUCGUGCCUCUGGGCUCCCACCCGGUUGCCAAGCACCUCGGCGCCCUUGACAACCGCUACAGCUCCUCCUUUCUGGACGGGGCGUGGAGAGACGUGUUCAGCCGCUCUGAGCCGCCACAGACAGAUCAGUUGGAUGUAGCGGCAAGAAUCUCCCAGUACAUUAGUGGAGCCACAGUUACACACCAGCUGCCUAUCGCUGAGGCCAUGCUGACCUGCAAACACAGGACGCGAGAUGAAGACUCUUACCAGAAAUUUAUUCCUUUUAUAGGGGUGGUGAAGGUUGGUCUUAUCGAGUCUGGUCCUUCUCCAACUGGAGAUACAGAAGAGGGCGUGGCGGUGAGUUUGGCUGUCCCGUCCACGUCUCCCCCCUCCCACAGCUCACCUACAGGGAUGAUUAAAGAGGCAGCCACGCCUCCCUCCUCCCCCUCUACGGGCAGCACACUGACAGUACAAGGGAGUCCCAGUAUGUCUCACGGCGUGGACGCCAUCGGCCUGCAGGUGGACUACUGGCUGGCCUCCCUGGCUGAGAAGCGGCGGGAGGGCGAGCGACGUGACAUAGGCUGCAAGAACACACUGAAGAGCGCCUUCCGCUCACUGCAGGUCAGCAGGCUACCAGGCGGGGGGAGCAGCGACCCACAGGCCCAGGUCAGCACCAUGGCCAUGACCGUGGUCACCAAGGAGAAGAACAAGAAAGUUCCCACCAUCUUCCUGGGAAAGAAGCCGAGGGAGAAGGAUGUAGACUCAAAAAGCCAGGUCAUUGAAGGCAUCAGCCGACUCAUCUGCUCUGCCAAGCAGCAACAGACCAUCCUGAAAGUGUCCAUAGACGGCGUGGAGUGGAAUGACGUUAAGUUCUUCCAGCUGGCCGCCCAGUGGCCCACUCACGUCAAAUACCUGCCUGUCGGACUUUUCGGCUACAGCAAGCCUCAGUCUUAGUCUCAGUCUUGCUCUGGUCCUGAUUUGACCCUCAACUCUCUUCGAUCCUGUAACACCUUCGCGCAAAGACCCCGCCUCAUAGCACCUGCAGAUCUUAGAGAAGACGUUGAGUAGCUGGACUGUUUUCUUUUGUUAGUUUGAUUUUGGCUACAGCCGUCUUAUUUCUCUUUGGAGAGGACGAGGAGGAAGAGGGUGGUGCUGUGUUUCAGCGUUGUUACUAGUCACUUUAAUGCCCCGUUUUGUGUGUGUUUGUGUGUGUGGUGAGUGUGCAUGCACCGUGAAUGUACAGUGUGUCUGUGUGUGUGGGUGUUUACAAGGGGCUUACAGCACAAGUUCGUUAGCUAACUGCCAUUUACGUUUCCGUUCUAUGGAAUGCAAUAGCAUGCAACAACUCGCCGGUUUUAAACCCUUAAAGUCUGACCCUCAACUUUUUGACCUCUUCAAGGUCCCACUCAUCUCACUCGAUCAAGACCUGAUCCACACAAGCAUGCUCACAGAUACACCACUCUUGUGCCGCAAAACUAUAUUUUAAAAUAAAAAAGUAUCACAAUAGAGCUUCAGUGUUUGCAUGAGCCUGCGAAAACAAAAAGAAAAGUCUCCUGUGUUCACAAAAUGCUAUCAAAUACCAGGCUUGCAUGGGAUGCAUUUUAACAAGUCCCCUUCAAAAACCGUAAUAUUAUUUUUAUUUAAAGGGCUUCCAUAUAAUUUAGAAUAUUUUUUCUGUACCAAAAUAAGUGAUUUGGAUGUCUAACGCCAAACAUUUCCCUUCAAAAAUUCAAAAAGGGGAAAUGUUUUUUUAAAUUGUGUUAUUGUGAAAAAUAGAAAAACCUUCCCUCGCGCUGUUUUGUGAUGCAUAGUGUACGUUUUUGUAAAUAGUUCCAGGAUUUCAGGGCAGGGGCUACUGUAACGCGUAGGUUUCUUUGUCUUCUUAUUUGCUAUGCAUUUAAAUAUACACAUCCGGGGGUUGGCAGAGUAUAGCUGAAUAGAUUGACCCAAGCAAAUAUGCAACCUGAAACUGAAAUAACAAAAUGCAUAUUCAAACUCAGCAGCAUUGAUGGGAACAUGAUGGAUAAACUGUUUAUCCAUGAGUAUCUUUACCCUAAAAAUGGGAGUUAAACACCUGCAAUAAAGCACAAUGUUGUAUGCCAGUUGUCCCCAUAACAAUCUUCUUUUUAUUGGAAACAGACUGGCAGCUUUAUCUUCAGUGAAAACAGUGGACCUGGUAAAAAAAAAAAAAAAAUUUAAAUGAAUUUUUAAGCGUUUUCCAUUUUUCUUCAAACUGCUUAAUAACCUUAAUUUUAAUCAGGAAAUAAGGAUUUCAGUUAUUUUGACAUAGUUCUGCUACAUGCUUUCCCUAUGAUAUCUUGAGGUGAUUAGUGAGUGUACAGUAACUGGUAACAAGCGUGCGUGUAUGUGGUGAAAUAAAUGUAAUGUGGUCAGAAACUUUAAAAAAACUAAAUCACUAAAUAGGAGGAAUACUUUUUUUCUACCAUGCGACUGAGAGCGUGUGUGUGUGUGUGUGUGUGUGUGUGUUGCACUGUGUUAAGGAUGUGGCCAUUAUCAAUAUCAUUGAUUAUCAGAUUAGGGCUGCAAUGGUCGUUGUGUUUACUGUGUAGCCUGGCACAAGGCAAAUUCAGAUUUUCCACCACUAAACACAAAAAAUACAAAAUCACAUAAUACAAUUCUGUUUUAUUAAAUCCAAGAAUGUUAUCUGCAACUGUAGUUUAUAAUAAUUGUCCUAAAAGCAACAUGCAAUGCUUACCGGGCCAGUGUAGCUCUGCUUUGUGUCACCUACAUCAUAACACUCUCCCAUGUCCACUUAAAGUAUUAGAAAAAUAGUUUUUUUUUUUUUUAAUAGUCUUAAUACCAAUGUCUUUGAAUGCUGUUUUUGAAAAUAGAUUGUUUUUUUCCCCUGUGUCGAUGUUACAGUGUUACAGUUGUGAUGUCAGCAGCACGUCUCAAACUCAGCGCCUGUUACACUUUGGUUUCACACCAGAGGUUAUGCUUGUUUGUUCACUCUCAUAUUUGGUUAACAGCUCAUCUGUGACCACUGAACAAACACUCAGUUUGGCGUUGAUUUGAUCAGAAAUACUUCCAAAUAUUUGAAUGUAUUAAAUUUAGUUUACAUGUGCAGUAACAAGUAGAUGUGUUGCUAUAAUAUAAUCAUGUGGUGUCGUUUGGCCUGUGCAGAUAUUUUCAAGUCUGCAUGAACAGUUGACAGACAUCCAGUCUGGAUACUUUUCCUGAACCUUUUUGUGCUAACAACAAAAACCAAACAGUCGGUGGGCCCCUUUGGAACCUGUUAUUUUUCUUUACUUGUGAUGCUGACAACCAGUUAAGGGCUUGACAGACAGACUGACUGAUAACUUUCACACAGAGGCUGGGUUCAGUGUGUUGAUGUGCUGUAGUUUUGACUGUUUCAUUCCAAAAAUAAUUACAUUUGAAAAUACUGACACUAAAAAGCAUAAACAUAAUUUGCUCUUAUGAAACCUAAUCUUAAGACAUUUGCUAUAAAAAAAAGUACAUUCAUCUUGGUACCACUUUAAAAUAUCCCAUACCAUUUUUUUUAAUUAACAUUAAUAAAUAAUUAUAAGAACACAUUGAAGUUCAGGAUUGAUCUUCUAUUAUGCAUUAAUUAGGUUCAUCUGGUUAUUUAACAACAUAUCAAUAUAAAAACAAUAUGGUUCUUAAACCUGCACUUGUUUUUUUUUAAACGAUGGGUUAAAUUAUUACAUGGGAUUUGAAAUCUGUGGCUCAUAGUGGCGAACACCCAGAAAAUGAUCACCCAAGUCUUCAGUUCCCUUCAGGUCUACAGAGCGUUUCAGCUCAUUGUUUUGGAGUAACGGCCUGGAACUUGAACAUUUUGGUUCACUCUCAUGGCUCUCAUCGUCCAUAGCAAACAGCUGAUUUCAUCUGAAAACCCAGUGUACUCUACCCGCUCAGCACCAAACAGCAGAGAGCAUCAAGCUGGGGAACAUAGUGGAGCAUUUAGCAGGAGUUGGUGGAGACUCAAACAGAGCAAAAAUGAGAGUGGAUAUAGGACUUGAAUUCAUAAGAUGACCAGUAACACAGGUCAACUUGAAUAAUAGCAUUGUUCUUUCACUACUGGAUAUAUCUGUCUAUCUAAAUGAGCAACAAUUUGCUAUAUUGUUCACCAAUAAUACCUUACUAAUAACUACGAAAUGACAAUAUAUGAAUGAUGUGUUCACAGCUUGUUUCUGCUGCCCCUUAAGUGGCCAAAUAAAUUGAAAUAAGGCUUCUUUAACGUUGUUAGUAGGUCAUUAUAAAGAGACUUAAGAGCUGUGGUGUAAAAGAGAAAUGUACAGGAUACAUUCUGUAGAUGAAACAAAGGGAUCCGUCAACCGAAUAUGCCAACACAAAGUUUAAUUUACUUUAUUCAUUCUAAUAUCAUCUUGCUGAUCUUUUUUAAAAUAUUUAAUAAAGUUUAGUGACAACUUAGAAUGUUUUUUUUCUUUAAUUACACUUUAUUAUCAAAGGGUACCGUGUUUUUUACACGUGGAAAAUGGAUUCCAAAAUUAGUCUUUUCAAAAUGUAUUUACUUUUUUGGAAUGAAAUGCUUGAUUGAUUUUUUUUAUUUUUUACUUUUUACUGAAACUGGCAGGUCAAUGAGCUUGUAUCUGCUGUUCGAGACAACCUCUGCUAACUCAAAAUGCUCUUUGCCUUGUAGUGUUGGUAGCCUAAUUAAUGCAAUCAUGUGAAUUUAAACUUUUCCUAAACGGUAUAUUGAUGCCUCUUUCGCUUGCAGCCUCCACAGAGAGGGUUAAGGUCAACUGAUUCCCUGCUUACUGAUUACUGACUGAACUGAACUUGGAAAUAUUUGCCUGAAAGAGAACGUUAAAAACAAAAUCACUGCCAAAACUAAAAUGUGAAGAAAUUGUGAUUAUAUUCAGAUAGAUUUGUGUUUUUUUUUUUAGGAGGUUGCUCAUAACUGACACCAACACAAGUGAUGCUUUUUCCGAAGUCCCGAUUUCAAUGUUCACAGCCAUGUUCAGCAGCAUUUCUUUAUCGUUCAUCAACAACUCUUCCGUCAUUCUUACGGUUUACACAUUUUCCUAAAGUCUCUUUAAAAGCGCUGGUUGUUCUGUAAGUCUUGAACUUGUUCCUGUGUGUUUUUACCUGUACCUCUGUAUCUGUGUCGGACGGUGUUUGUGACGGUGUAACGAUGGUUCCUCUGACCUUGACUAAUAGUGGUUAGAGAUUAGGAGCUGUAUGGUCUAUCAAUAAUCUCCGUCAGUGAUCAGCAGUGUCUUUUCUCUCCACCAUCCUCAGAUAUACCUCUGACGAUGAGAGUCUUCUUCACCAGGCUUCCACAAGCUUAGCUUUCUAAAGUCAUGUGAAAUGAUAUUGUUCCUAUUCCCUAACGGUGUGUAAAUUCCAUCGUCUGUCCUCGUGGGAACGGGAUUUGCCUAUAAAAGCAGUAGAUGUCUGCUCAGCUCAGAGCGUCCUCAGCUUGUGGACUUGUGGAGAGUAUUUUGCACAUGCCAUUGUUUCUUCAGCAGCAGUCUUCAGCUUUUUGCCUUUUGCCUAUAAGAAUAAUUAUGAUAAACUAUAAUGCUUGUACAUAUCAGAUAGUAACUGUUAUAUUAGUUCUGUUGUUUGUAUUAAUUUGACAUGUUUUGUAGUACUGCUUUUUCAUGAUUACAUGUGUCAAUCAAACAGAUGUGGAAAUGAGAAGUGUUCAUUGUUUCAUUUGUUUUUUAAAUAAAAAUCUUCCUGAUUUGUA